CCGGAAGUGACGCGCGGCGGCCGCGCCGAGGCGGCGGCGAGGCGGCAGCAUGGUGAUGGCGGCGGUGGGCGCGCACCGGCCCGGGCCGCUCAAGCAGCAGAACAAGGCGCACAAGGGCGGCAAGCACAGCGGCUCCUCGCAGCGCCGCGCUGGAGGCCGCGUCCCCGUCAAGGCCCAGCCCCGCCGGCGGCUCCGCGACCUGAGCAGGGUGGACCGGCGGCAUCAGGCGCUGCAGCUCCGCCGGCAGCGCAAGGAGGCGGUGCUGGCGGAGAAGCGCAGCCUGGGCAGCAGGGACGGGCCCCCGCACCUCGUGGUUGUGGUGCUGCUGCACAGCCGGGCCGCGGCGCAGGACUCGCUGCGGCUGCUGCAGGGGCAGGACUCGGCCGCUGUCCGCGCCGAUGAGGGCGGAGCUGGUGGCUUUGCCCUGCUCUGCCCCCGGCUCAAGCAGCGCUGGCGCUUUGUCACAGCCCAGCCAGGGGAUCUCCACGCUGUGUUAGACCUUGCCAAGGUUGCUGACUCGCUGCUGUUCCUCCUGGACCCUGUGGAUGGCUGGGACAGUGCAGGGGAGCACUGCCUCUCCUGCCUCUUUGCACAGGGGCUCCCCAGUUAUGCUCUGGCAGUCCCGGGAGGCUCUGACCUGCCCCCUAAGAAGAGGAUAGAUGCCAGGAAGAAGCUCUCCAAGUGCAUUGAGAAGCGUUUUCCCGAGGCCAAGCUGUUCCCCCUGAACACGGAGCAGGAAUGCUCGCUGCUCCUGAGGCACCUGAGCUCCCAGAAGCAGAGGCACCUGGCGUUCCGUGCCCGCCGCGCUCACCUGCUGGCCCGUGCUGCUGAGUUUGUGCCCAGCCAGGACAGCCAGCUGCUGGGCACCCUGAAGGUGUCAGGCUUUGUCCGGGGACACACCCUCAGCGUGAACAGCCUGGUGCACAUCGUGGGCCACGGGGACUUCCAGCUGAGCCAGGUGGAUGCUCCCCCUGACCCGCUCUCCUUGAACCCACGGGUGCUUAAAGCACAGAAGAGGAGUCAGGACAUGGAGGUGCAGGAGGACUCUGGAAAUGGUGCUGUUGAGAUGGAGGAAGAUGUCAAGGUGCUGAUGAAGGCAGAUCCAAGCAAGCAGGAGUCUCUGCAGUCAGAAGUGGUUCCUGAUCCCAUGGAAGGGGAGCAGACGUGGCCCACUGAAGAAGAGCUGCAGGAAGCAGAGGAUUCUCUGAAGGCAAACAGGAGGGUGGUGAAGGUCCCCAAAGGCACAUCCAAGUACCAGGCUGCCUGGAUUGUGGAUGAUGGAGAAGAAGGCAGUGAGAAAGAUGAUGAUGAUGAUGAUGAAGAUGAUGACAUGGAUGAUGAUCUGAUGGAAGAGGCAGUUUCUCAGGAGGGGGAGAGCAGUGAGGAGGAGGCUGGGGAGGAGGAGGAGAGCGAGACCAUGACCGUGUCCGAGUGCCUGCGGGAUGAGCAGUACGACGAGAAGAUGGAGGAGGAUGAGCAGAUGCUGGAGAGAUACAAGCAGGAGAGAAUGGAUGAGAUGUUUCCAGAUGAGGUGGACACGCCACGGGAUGUGCCUGCCAGAGUCAGGUUCCAGAAGUACAGGGGGCUGAAAAGCUUCCGGACUUCUCCUUGGGACCCCAAAGAGAAUCUUCCAAGGGAUUAUGCCAGGAUCUUCCAGUUCCAGGACUUCUCCCGAACCAGAAAGAACCUCUUCAGGCAAAUAGAGAAGGAGGAGACUGAGGGAGCUUCGGUGGGCUGGUAUGUUACACUUCAUGUCUGCAAUGUCCCUGUCUCAGUGAUGGAGAGCUUCAAGGAGGGGAAACCCCUGGUCCUGUUCUCACUGCUUCCCCAUGAACAAAAGAUGUCUGUGUUGAACUUCCUGGUGCGUCGGCAUCCUGGCAACAGCCAGCCAGUGAGGGCCAAGGAGGAGCUGAUCUUCCACUGCGGGUUCAGGCGCUUCCGAGCGUCCCCCCUGUUCUCCCAGCACACCUCAGCUGAUAAGCACAAGCUGGAGCGUUUCCUGCGCCCAGAUGCUGCCCUGGUGGUGACUGUCUACGCUCCCAUCACUUUCCCUCCUGCCUCAGUGCUGCUUUUCAAACAGAGAAGUAAUGGAAUGCACGACCUCAUUGCCACGGGCUCCCUGCUCUCCGUGGACCCCGACAGGAUUGUCAUCAAGCGCCUGGUGCUCAGCGGCCACCCCUUCAAGAUCUUCACCAAGACGGCUGUCGUGCGAUACAUGUUCUUCAACAGAGAGGAUGUGAUGUGGUUCAAGCCCGUGGAGCUGAGGACAAAGUGGGGACGGAGGGGGCACAUCAAGGAGCCAUUAGGGACCCAUGGGCAUAUGAAGUGCCACUUUGAUGGGCAGCUCAAGUCCCAGGACACGGUGCUGCUGAACCUCUACAAGCGUGUUUUUCCCAAAUGGACUUAUGACUCUCAUGUCCCAGAGCCUGUGCCGUGGGUGAGGAGUGAGAGUGCACUGCCAGAGCAGGAGGUGGAGAUGGAAUGAGUGUCCAGCAUGGCUGGAGUUUGUGCCUUGGCUCCCUGGAUGCUGUUGGCCCGUGCACUGUGAGGACAGCACUGAUGCCUUGGACGUGUUACUGCUGGGGUCUGUACAGGGGCAGCUGCAUCGCCAGCUGCUGCUCAGGUACCAGCUAUAGCUAUUUAUUUUAAUGGAAAAUGUCAAAAAUGC